AUGGCUUCUGAUCACGAUCAAGUCCGCGCAGGUUUCGUUGUUGCUAUAUCCGAAGAGGAAAGCAAAGAAAGUGAACAAAGAGUAUUACUUAUAAAACAGCUUGAAAAUGUCUAUUCCUUGCCUGAUGAUGUCUCCGUACGACCGGAAGCAUUCCCACCGAUUCAUUGGGGAUUCGGACCAGUCAGAGUGAAUGGUUACGUCAAUCCGUCGAAAUUGUCAAUUCGUGUCGAAGUAUCUGUCUUUGGAGCGAAGCUUGUCAAUAUCACAGCUGACCUGAAGCGUGGUGUAUGCGCAAAAAUAAAUUUGAAACUUGCAAACGGGAGCAUUUGCUUUAACCUCAAAAACGGCAAAGAGGUGUGGGUUAAGCUGCAGUUGCAUGUCAAGUUUGACGGUAAUUUCAACAAAGAAGAAAAGCUCUUGACCAUAUAA